UGAGGCAUUUAUAAGAGACCAUGUAACAUCCCAAACAAUUUUAAGUCCCAAACAUAAAGGAAAAGAAUGGAGACUCAAAUCACAUUUUGGCUCUCUCUCUCUCUCUUUGCUCUUCCAUAUCUCCGCCGCAUACAACACCUCCGCCGCCAACAUUGUCUACGGUUUCCGACAAUGCAUGAAUACACGUAAUUUGGGGAACGGACCUUCCGUUUCCGGCAACAUUUACGCCCCGAAUGACCCCUCCUUCUUGUCGGUCCUCGGGUCCCGCAUCCAGAACACCAGGUUCAACACCUCGGACACCCCAAAGCCUCUGGUCAUAGUGACCCCCAGGCACGAGUCCAAGGUGCAAGACGUGAUUCUCUGUGCAAAAGAGCACGACUUGCAUGUGCGGGUCCGCGGGAACGGGCACGACUACGAAGGACUUUCCCACACGAGCUACUUCGGGAAUCCGUUCUUGAUUCUCGACCUCGUUCACUUCAAGAACAUCACUAUAGACCCAAUGAGAAAGACGGCGUGGGUCGGAGGGGGGUCGACUCUGGGGGAGCUCUACUAUAGGAUUUCGGAGACGAGCCGGGUUCUCGGUUUCCCGGCGGGCAUCUGCCCGACGGUCGGCGCGGGCGGGCACAUAAGCGGGGGAGGGUACGGCGCGAUGAUGAGAAAGUACGGCCUCGCGGCGGACAACGUGGUGGACUCCCGCCUAGUCGACGCGCGCGGGAGGGUUCUCGACCGCGAGUCGAUGGGGGAGGAUGUCUUCUGGGCCAUCAAAGGAGGGGGAGGUAACACUUUUGGUGUAAUACUUGCAUGGAAACUGAACUUGGUCGACGUGCCGGAAAACGUCACGGUUUUCAACGUCCAUAGAGUUGUCAAUCCAGACAUGACAAACCUCGUACAUAAAUGGCAGACAGUCGCGCCGACAUUGCCUAGGGAGCUGUUCAUUAGAUUCUUUGCAUUUGGACUGAGUGGACAGGUUUUUGUCGUUUUCAACUCAUUAUUCCUCGGACCAAUCGAAAAACUGCUCCCUAUUCUCAACCAGACAUUACCGGAGUUAGGGCUGACUAGACAAAACCUAAAAGAGUUAAGUUGGGCGGAAUCGGUAUUAUACAUUCACGGUUUUCCGAAUUCACCCCUAACGGACUUGUUAAACGCCACCGGUAACGACGGGGAGCCGAAUUACUUCAAGGGCAAAUCGGACUUUGUGAAGAAACCGAUUCCCGUAGAAGGGUGGGAAGGGAUUUGGGAUUUCUUCCGUCAAAACAACUCGGGUUUAAUGAUUUUAACGCCGUACGGCGGAAUGAUGGAAGAGAUAACGGAAUCUUCAACUCCGUUUCCUCAUAGAGCUGGGACUUUGUACAAAAUCCACCAGUUUGUGAGUUGGACUCAAAAGGGUGGUAGAGCAGAAAAAGAACACACGGAUUGGAUAACAAGGUUAUAUGAAUACUUUGAGCCAUAUGUUUCAAAGUCUCCAAGGGAAGCAUUUGUGAACUAUAGGGAUCUUGACAUUGGACAAAACCAUAAUGUCAAUUGUUCAACCUAUGAAGAUGCUAAGGUUUGGGGUGUCAAAUAUUUCAAGAACAAUUUUGACAGGUUAGUCAGAGCUAAGACGAUGAUCGACCCUCAGAACUUCUUCAGGAACGAACAAAGUAUUCCUCCUCUCACAUGCAUGAAAUGAUUACACUAAAAAAAGAGAAUACGGGUGUAUGAUGAAAUUACUAUACAUAAUUCUUUUAGAGUCUGUUCUCUAAAGCUUAAAUUCUUAACUUCCAGUUUUUUCCAGCUCUUUCCGAAUUCUUUCAGUUUUUUCCACUUUCUUCUAAUUCUUUUAGUUUCUCCUAAUUUUUUCCUAUUUUUUUUAGUUUUUUCCAACAAUUUUCAUUUUCUUCAAACUGUUUCCACUCUCCAAAGAAUUACUCUAGCACUUGAAUGUUUAUUUUCUUGUUCCUUAGUGUUAGCUUUUAUUUACUUCAUCUUCUUUAUGCUUUGUUUAUGUUUUUCUCUCUUAUCUUUUAUUUGCUCGCAUUCUAGUCGUUUU